UCAACUUCCGCUUUCUCACUUCCGUACACAAAUACUUGGCUGAUGACGUGUACACUGCCCUGCCGUUAGCUAGCUAGCUUAGCCGGCUGUCAGAAUAAGGGUCUUUAGAAAGAAAAACAAACGGUAGCGAUACAAGGGAAGGGGCUUCAUUACAUUUGUAAAAUGGAGACGCUUUACCACCAAACAAAUAAGCAAAUCCAGGAGGUCCAGUCUCUGAUGGGAAACCUGGAGAAGACAGACCGUCAGUCAGUUCAUUUGCUAGAGAAUGAACUCCAGAUUCGAAUCGACCAGAUCUUCAAUCAACUUGAGCGACUUGAGAUCCUAGUCAGCAAGGAACCACCAAAUCGCCGCCAGAACGCCAAAUUACGAGUCGACCAGCUGAAGUACGACGUCCAGCACCUACGGACUGCUCUACAAAACUUCCAACAUCGACGCUAUACCAGAGAGGCGCAGGACAGAGAGCGGGAGGAACUGCUGAGCCGCACUUUCACCACAAACGACGCAGAUACAUCCAUCCCCAUUGAUGAAACCCUGCAGUUUAACACCAAUUUGCACAACGCACACAGAGGAAUGGAUGACCUCCUGGGGAGCGGCAGCAGCAUACUCAACGGCCUCAGAGAUCAGAGGUCUACACUGAAGGGGACCCAUAAGAAGAUGCUGGACGUGGCUAACAUGCUGGGGCUCUCCAACACCGUGAUGAGACUGAUAGAGCGGAGAGCCACACAAGAUAAGUUCAUCAUGAUCGGAGGCAUGCUGCUGACCUGCGUCUUCAUGUUCUUGGUGAUCAGAUAUCUGGCCUGAUCCGUUUCAGCAGCCCGUCAUCCCACAACAAUAUGAAAUUUUCCAUUCAUUUUUAUUAAUGGAUUUCCACCAUUAUCUUAAGACUUUUGCUAAAUGCUAAGGUUGAAGAAAAUCCAAUUUACUUACAGUAUUUUGGGCGAUUAAAGCUCCUAGAGGAUAUCUGCUGCUUUCCCCAGAUUCACUGCCAGUCAUUCAAAACCACUGUAGAAACUGUAAAUCUUUACUUUUGUUGCAUUUUCCUUUCUGUAACAGGAAUGCAAAUCUUCAGAAUACUUUGUAUAAUUUUAGUAUUUUUUCUGUCGUCUUAUGAGUUCUCAGCUUAUUAGGCAGAUCAAUAAAGACAGGUGGAAGAAUUUUACAACAAACACCAUCUUAUAAAUUAAAACUAAAACUCUGGGAACAUUAAAUGAAACAAUUAUCUUAAAAUAAGCAAGCAGUCCUCAGAAUGAUGAUGUGCGUUCUGUAUGGGUCUAGUCUCACUGUGUGAGUAAUUUACCAACAGAAUAAAAUGUUUCCUUUGUAAACCUUC